GGAAGAUUGACCGUGACUCGGAAACUUCUACGAAGUCCUUGCCAUCCUGUCAGAGCCAAAGCCUGCGAACGGCAAUGCACGUAACUCGAUAUCCCGCACGGACCCGGGCUAUGCACCAGCUCGACACUUUCUAGAGCCGAUCCCCUCUGUCAGCACUUCCAACGUGUAUUCGUCUUGUCUCUGCGCUCUGUCAUAUCCCUGCACCAUUUCCUUCUCCCGCACCUUUGACCAUGCCAGUUGCUCAUAAGACGUUCAGCGCACUCAAGACAACGUUCGUUGUCGAUCCCGAGUACGACUUUAUCAAGGAGCUCGGGCAGGGCGCCUACGGCUGUGUUAUUGCGGCCAGACAUCGCUCCUCGGGCGCUGGGUGUGCGAUCAAGAAGAUCACUAAAAUCAACAGCAAGCGGAUUCUGACCAAGCGGUGUUUGAGGGAGAUUCGACUCUUAUAUCAUUUUCGCGGGCACAAAAACAUUACAUGCAUCUACGACAUGGACAUCGUGCCCGGGCCCGACGGCGACUUUGACGAGGUGUACCUCUACGAAGAACUCAUGGAAGCUGAUCUGCAUGCCAUUAUCAGGUCCGGCCAGUCGCUCACCGAUGCACACUUCCAGUCGUUCGUCUAUCAGACCCUCUGCGGGCUCAAGUUCAUCCACUCCGCGAAUGUCCUGCACCGGGAUCUCAAGCCGGGGAAUCUGCUCGUGAAUUCCGAUUGCGAGCUCAAGAUCUGUGAUUUUGGGCUCGCCAGGGGUUACUCGCCGGGAGUCGGUGCAUCGAAGGCCGGCGGGCCACAGGGAUUCAUGACGGAGUAUGUGGCUACGAGGUGGUAUCGGGCGCCGGAGAUCAUGCUCAGCUUCGCGAAUUACACCACGGCCAUUGAUAUAUGGUCUGUCGGAUGUAUAUUAGCGGAACUGAUCGGGGGGAAACCUCUGUUCAAGGGCAAAGACUACGUCGACCAGUUGAACCAGAUCUUGAACCUCCUCGGGACCCCGACCGAGGAGACUCUCCGCCGUGUCGGUUCCCCGCGCGUUCGUGCUCUGAUUAUCUUGCUUGUCAUUCAUCCCAAACACGAAUCCUCCCAGGCCCAAGAUUACAUGCGCGCCUUGCCCAUCAAACCACGCAUUCCGUUUGCCACGAUAUUUCCACGCGCCAACCCGCUGGCAUUGGAUCUGCUCAGCAAGAUGCUUACAUUCGACCCCUCCCAGCGUAUCACCUGCGCUGCGGCCCUUGAACACCCGUAUUUUGGCCAGUGGCGCGAUCCGCGGGACGAACCGGCAUGCGAUGUUCCGUGUGACUUCGCAUUCGAGAACGAGGACGACCCGGCCAAGAUGAAGAAGCUCAUUGUUGAUGCGGUGCAAAAGUUCCGCAAGGAAGUACGUGCGCAGGCUGCUCCACAGAACGAGAAUCGCAAACUGGAUGUGCUGGCGAUCCCGUCCCGCGAUGAGAUCCUCGCUUCUCCAGUGAAAGAGCACGGGCCGUUCGGUGGAGCGACAUCGGGAUUUACCGUCCCGUCGCAAUCUCUUGAGCACAUCGCCAUAGACGAGCCAGAUAUCGAGCUCGACCGGGAGCUUGAGUUAGUUGGUGAGCAAAUGGUUGCCGCAGAAUUGACGUAAGCGGUACCGCACGCAAGGCGACCAGGAGACAUACUUGUCCCGGCGUACAGAAGUUAUCUGUCCACAUAAUGGGGGACUGCGGCGUUAAACAAUAUUUAUACACGCAAUGAGGAUUUCAUCUUCGUGUCGGUAACCACACCAUUCUGCAGAUUUUAUUAUUGAGCUACUGUUAUUCGAACUAUUAUUUUACGCCAAAACCAAACAAUUACCAUAAAGAACACCUGAAUAGGUUCAGA